UGGCUGCGAUGUGUUUUGUUUGUCUGCACAAUAAAAUGGCAUAUGGCACAGAUGGAUGCAAUUGCACACUUGCCUUUACAACUAUUUACAAAUGACUAUUCUAAAACGAACUGUGAAGGAUGGGCGAGGCAGAAGCCGGUGAUGGAUUUAUCAGGAUGGUGAAAUCAGAGGCAAAAAAUAUUUAAUGCGAUCCUGAGCGUUUUCUUCUGUGCUGUACAGGGUCAAUCUCGGCCCAGAGCAACGCGCCUUCCUUCCCCCCAUUCAAAGGUCUCGCCUCCUCCGUAGCAGUAGCCAACCAUGGCCCUGGUAACCCUACAGCGCUCUCCCACCCCGAGCGCAGCAUCCACCGCCAGCACCGCCACCACCAACGCGGGGGAGGAAUUAGGGCGUGAUGAUGACCGGAGAGCAAAUCAGAGCCUCAGCGAGAGCUUCUUCAUGGUCAAAGGAGCUGCCCUCUUCCUGCAGCAGGGCACCAAUGCACAGGGACCCAAGACCCCUACACACCACAAACACACAGGUGACUUACCUCGACACCUGCAGGUCAUGAUUAACACCAUCCGCUCUGAGGACCGCAUUAAACUGGCUGUACGGUUAGAGAGUGGUUGGUCUGACCGUGUGCGGUACAUGGUUGUGGUCUACACCAGCGGUCGCCAGGACACAGAGGAGAAUAUCCUGCUAGGGAUGGACUUCACCGAUAAGGACAGUAAAAGCUGCUCUAUCGGGAUGGUGCUACCACUAUGGAGUGAUACGAAGAUCCAUUUAGAUGGAGAUGGAGGAUUUAGUGUGACCACAGGAGGACGAUCGCAUGUCUUCAAGCCUGUUUCUGUGCAGGCCAUGUGGUCUGCCCUGCAGAUCCUCCAUAAGGCAAGUGAGGUGUCUCGCAGGCACAACUACUUCCCCGGGGGCAUGGCCCUCACCUGGAUGGGCUUCUAUGAGAGCUGUAUCACCUCUGAGCAGAGCUGCAUCAACGAGUGGAACGCUAUGACUGACCUGGAGACCAUGCGGCCCGACUCACCUGCCAUGUUCGUCGAACGGCCAACGGAGAGAGAGAGAACAGAGUGUGCAAUCAAAGCUAAACUACGCAGCAUCAUGAUGUUCCGUGACCUGGAGAAUGUCACUUCCAAGGAGAUCCGUGUGGAGCUAGAGCAGCAAAUGAGCUGUAACCUGAAGGAGUACAAAGAGUUCCUUGACAACGAGAUGUUGCUGAUCCUGGGUCAGAUGGACAAAGCCACUCUCAUCUUUGACCACCUCUACCUGGGCUCGGAGUGGAAUGCCUCCAAUCUAGAGGAACUACGGGACUGUGGUGUGGGCUACAUCCUCAACGUGACCAGGGAAAUAGACAACUUCUUCCAGGGCACGUUCUCCUACCACAACAUCCGGGUGUUUGACGAGGAGGCCACGGACCUGCUGGCCCACUGGAACGAGACCUACAACUUCAUCGUCAGAGCCAAGAAGAACCAGUCUAAGUGUCUGGUCCACUGUAAGAUGGGUGUGAGCCGGUCAGCCUCCACGGUCAUAGCGUAUGCCAUGAAGGAGUAUGGCUGGACUCUGGAGAAGGCCUACAACUUUGUGAAGCAGAAGAGGAGCAUCGCUCGGCCCAAUGCUGGCUUUAUGAGGCAGCUGGCCGAGUACGAGGGCAUCCUGGACGCUAGUAAACAGCGUCACAACAAGCUGUGGAGGCCCGAGGGAGGGGAGGACAACCCAGAUGAGGCAUCUGGCCAGUGUUGUGGUGGAGAGGAGACCCCCGUGGAGGAUGAGGCCUGGGGGGGAGAGGGCUGCGGCGCCUCGCCCUGCCAGGGCAUGGGCCUGGAGGUGGACGCCCUGGACCCUCUCAACUACAACUACUACUUCAGACGGCUGUCGGACACGGCCCUGGACAGCGAACCCUCCACCCCAGUGCGCGGCCCUCCCCUGCUGGGCAUGGAAAGGGUGUUCAUCGAGAUCGAGGAUGUGGAGAGGGACGCCCUUCUGGAGGACGAGGGCUUCCCCAUGGCCCAGCUGGCUCUGCCUGGGGAGGGCACCGCCGCCCAGACCUGUGGGGGCCGCCUGGAGCCCCUGGAGGACAUGAGGCUACGUCUGGAGUUCAGCACGGUGGAGGAGGAGGACGAGGAGGAGGUGCAGAAGGAGGAGGCGGAGAUGGCCGCCCUGGCCCGGACUCCUGCAGGAGGAGAGGGAGCGACGGAGGACGAGGAGCGGAAGGAUCAGGCCAACGUGAACCGCUUCAACAACGAGAACGCCAACAACAGUAACCGUCUGGCUGCCAAGCGCAGCUGCCCCGCUGCCUUCGACGACAGUGCUAGCACAGGAAACCCUUACAAAGUGAAGCCCUCCUACCAGUCGUGUAAAGACUGCCUGCGUCUGCCACCAGGGCGGCGCUGUGAGCGCCCGGCAGGAGGACGCACCCACCGCCUUAACCCCACACGCCACUGCGGGGUGGUCCCCACCAUCUCCAUAGACCCCCCUGGCACCCACUUCGCCAACACCCCCACCCCCCACUCCCCCUGUGCCCUCCCUGCCACCAUUGCCCGCCUGGAGGCCUACCGCCAGCGGCUGGUGUCGCCCAUGAGCUGCGAGGAGCUUCCCCGAGACAGGCACUGCUCCCUGGAGACUGAGGACAUGGACGAGCUGCAGGAGGAAGAAGAGGAAGAGCAGGAGCCAAAGCCAGGCAGGGAGGCGGGGACAGGAGCCAUCACAGAGCUCACGUUUAUGAAGCUCAGCUUGGAGGGGGAGAGGCCAGCGGGUCAGCCUCCUGGUGUGGAGUUGCAGUCUGCUGGGGUGGAGAUGGAGCCUCCUGGUGGUGGAGUGGAGACACAGCAGGAGGCCCUGGCCCAGCUACAGAGGACAGGGCUGGAGCUGGGGCGGGUGAGGCAGAGAGCAGAGCAGCUGGAGAGGCUCUUAGGCCUGGCCAUGGAAGGUCCACUCUCAGGGGCUGGGCUGUCUGACCAGAUAGACCUGAGCUUUGCGGUAGAGGAGAUGGAGAUGGAGGGGGAUGUAAGGGUGCAUUCUAAAACCCCCAUCCCCUCUACCAGCUGUGCAGUCACAGCCGCAGACCCCCAGAUGAACACCACCCCAGUGUCGUACCCCCAGUGGUCCACCCAGACUUGGACCCCUGUGUCCUCCCCCCACGGCUCCACCCUCACCCGGAGCUCCAGCAGCGACAGCCUCCACAGCAACCGCGGGGGACACCCAGACCUGGUCAGGCCGCGCACCCAGGAGAUAGAGACCCGCAUGAGGCUGGCCGGCCUGACCGUCCCCUCCCUGCUCAAACGCUCUAGCUCCCUGGCCAAGUUGGGAGGCCUCACUUUCUCCACAGAGGACCUCUCAGACCUGGCUGAUGAUCAGGCCCAGCUGUUCUCCACCGUGCCCCCAACCCUCUGAGCCUCUGUCCACCCCCUGAAGCUGACUGUGUUUCCAGUGUCUCUCCUCCAGACAGGUUCCAUGUGUCUAAACUCCAGACAGUGUCAGAGCAGAGGGAGCAGGUUUGAAGGAGAAGGGAUACAUUUGCCAGGUGUGCUAGAGGUGUCCUGGAGACAUGCCUGAGACAUAUUAGCAGCAUGUUGGCUGGAAGAAAGAAAAGUAACUAAAGAAUUCAUAUUCCUAUUAUAGACUGAGUGUACAAAACAUUAAGAACACCUUCCUAAUAUUGAGUUCACCCCCCCCUUUGCCCUCAGAACAG